GAUGGCCACUCUGCUGAGCAAGUUCAGGAUAGACUUCUCAGACAUCACCGUGCUGGGAGACAUAAACACCAAGCCCAAGAAGGAGCACGUGUCGGCCUUUGAGGAGUUGAUCGAGCCAUAUCGGUUGAAGGAAGACGACAUGGAGCAGGAGGCAGCUGAGAGGCUGAAGAACAGCGAACCCUGGAGGAUCACUGACAAUGAGCUGGAGCUGUACCGCGCCAAGACUAAUCGUCAGAUCAGACUCAACGAACUGCUGAAGGAGCACUCGAGCACAGCCAACCUCAUCGUCAUGAGUCUGCCAUUGGCCAGGAAGGGCGCGGUGUCCAGCGCUCUGUACAUGGCCUGGCUGGAGGUGUUGUCUAAGGACCUGCCACCCAUCCUCCUGGUGCGUGGCAACCACCAGAGCGUCCUCACCUUCUACUCUUAAACACACGCGCUGAGAAGAAAAUCUGAGUUUUUAAGUCUCACAUCCACUUCUGCUUCUGGGAGCAGACCCACACACACAUCCCAGUUCCAGUCCAAACCUAAAGGUGCACCACAUACACUCCAGAGACGGUAGAAAACACAGCCACUGAUGGAAACCACACUGAGAAUAUAAAUAAAGAUGAAGGAAGUGAUAUUGAGAUGUGUAAAAAGCCCUACAAGUGAUGGAGGAAUGUCAGGGUUGAAGGUGGGUGGGGGGUGGUUGUAAGGGUUCCCACUCUGCUCCUUUCUUACUAUUUAAUCCAAGAUGUCUGGGUUUUUCCCUCGUAGCUCUAGUUUCUUCUAAUUUCCUCAUGAAAAUUUCAUUUUUGUCAGUUGAUUUCUCUCAGGCUCCAAAGCAGUCGUGCACAAUGUCCACAUUGUUCUCAUGAUAUGGAAUAUCUUGAUGUCAAACUUGUUAAGUUAAUUGGACAAGUUGUUGUGUUUGUGAUGCAGCAAUAAUCACCCUGUUGUUUUCCUUAAAUAUUGGGAGAGAACCAUGCAGAAUGCUUUGCAACACCUUCUGAAGCCUUAUGGAUGUGCCUUCCAGUUGAAUCAGAUAAAAUAAUUAUAAUCUCUAUCCAGAUUGACAAUAGUACCUAUUAUAUUGGUGGAUAAUAGUUUUAUUGAGUUUUAAAUGUGAUUCUUUCUUAGUUGGAGCAUUGUAUUUAUGCGAGUGGAUUGCAUGGAUUUAAUGAGGGGUGUCCACUUACUUUCUGUAAUUUCUCUCUUUUACCCUAAUCAACAUGUCUCUGUUUUAUUUUUUAUUCACUUUUAAGUCUUCCUUUUUAAAGCUGUUGCAUAUUUACGAUAGCCUCAGCUACUCGACACAAGACACAAUUUAUCUUUUAGGCAUGUUGCCUAAAAAAAUGUUUAUAUGGGUCUUAAAUUUAAGAUCUUGUUGUUUGUCAGAAAAGAUGUGAACGUAGUUUUCCAUUAACCUAGUCAGGUGGAAAUCUCUCCCAUGUAGCUGCUGAUCCACUAAAUUAAGUAUUCCUUUCAACAACUGUUUGUGUCAACAUGUACGGUUCUUCCCCUGAAAAGAAACGGCUCUACCCAACAAGCUAGUUAAAACCUUGCCUUAAUGCUAGAACUAACGAUUGUCAUGAGUUCCUUUUCUCUUAUAAGCCAUACUGGCUGGACGGUUUGUCGGUAAAUGCAGAUAGCGAUCCAUUAUUAACAUGUUAGAAGAAGUGUUUCAGCACAAUUUUCUUCUGUACUGUAUAGGCAUCUUAAUUUUCUUUUCUAGUCCCACCUGCAUUAGUCUGUUACAGUGCUCACUGUAGGCCUGUGUGUUGCUGGUGAAGUGGUCAAUCAACAGAUGGUAAUAUAUUCCACUUUGCCAGCGUUAGUGCCACAGUAGUCUUGAGUUUUGCACUCCUGUCCGGCUGCUUGUUUGUCUAGGUGUAUGAUGGACUGCUGGUCUCCCAUUCCCACAAAGCCUAGAUGGGCAGAGAGAAUAAACGAUGCGCAAGCUUCAUGCUGGAAGGCUUGCUGGAAGAUUGUGACAUUAGAAUGUGUCAAGGCUGAGUGAAGAUAUACCUCUAUGCACAUGAGCUUGUGUUACGUAAUUGUAAUAAAAGUCCAUCGCUCCUGCAUGUGAAAGGAUGUACUUGCCUCAGUUCAUUUAAGGACCACUGGCUUGUAGUGUUUUUAAAGGGUACCAUGGCUCCAAAAAAAGCCAUGUAUAGGCCAUUUCACAGUUUUAACACUGAUGUUCUAUAUAGGUCAAAUGUAGUCCCCUGUUCUACAGAAGACGAUUAGGGCCACAUGAAAAAUGUAUUGAGUUCUAGAGUGUCUAAAGUGUAAAAACAAAACAAAAUUCUCACUCACAAAAAAGCAACAACUCAUAAAUGUUUCACGUUGCCCUUGUUGUGUUCUAACAUGGCCCUAAAGAAGGUUGACUGGGCCAGAGGGUGCAGAUUAUUUUCAAAUAACUACACAGCUCUGAAAUUAAAUAAAUAAAUUAGAACUCUGCUGCUUUUUUGAGGUUGAAGUUACAUUGAUUCUAAAGGAGUUUUCAGAUUGAAUGCAAGUGAGUUUUAGAAGUGCUGCCAUUGCUUAUAAAAUCAAUUCAAAGACACAAGUGGAUGUAAAUUCACACUGGGCACCACAAAUUAAGGCAAAGUAGACCCUGCAAGUUAAAAUGUUUCAACAUGAGGGGGAAAAUAUGCUUAUCCCAUAUCCAAUUCAUGAAGAUGGGGAGAUGAUAAAAAGACGAGGAGUCUUAACAAAUAAAGAAUGAACUGAACGUUGCUAGUAAAUUUUGAAAUCAGAGUUGCUAGCCAUCUUACUGCGAACAUCUGUACAGUUAUUAAAGACAAAUGGACUAUUCAGAGACUUUAGCAGUUGUGUUCAGUCUCAACACACCUUAAGGUUGGCUUAAGUUUGAGUGCAUUGCCCUGCAAAAUUAAUAAUUUAAUUAAAAUUGCGGAUUAUUUAGGCUGUGGUAUAAGUAGGAUAAUAUUUUGCUAGCUGUCCAGUUUAUCAGAAAAAUAACUGCACAGCUCAUUGUGGAUUGCUAAUGUUAACAGUUGACAGAAGAGUGAAGUUGGACCUAAACGGCAACAUAAUUCAGAGGAAAGGGUCUAUCAUGGCUACUGGGGGUUAUGGUUAUAGAUUAAAAACUGCCACAAAACUAAUAAUAAUAAAACAGGGUUGUCUUUAUUUGUAAUGUACUUCUUCUCUGCGUUUCCCCCAGGAACAGGCAGGUUCAGCAUUUAGCUUGUUACUUUGCUUAUGUCCUUAACUGUAUGCAAUUUCAUAAGAGGAAUGUGACACGAUUCUUAGAUUAGCUGAAUGUACUGUAUAAUAAUGAACACUACCGCUUGGAGUUAGCAUACAUAGCCUCCUUUUAUUUUCUGUUCCCAUGUAUAUGAAUCAUUUUCUGCAUAGAUUGCAGUUAGCACAGUACAGCGUACUGUGUCAGCUUCAUUGUGUUGUAAGCGUUCAUACAGCUGCACCCCAUCACUCUGCUGUUGUUCUAAGCAUUCAGUGUGUGCACAUUAACUAUAUACACUCUCUUGCCUACCAGUGUAUUAAAUAUACCAUGAGUACUUUCCAAGUAUGUGAAAAGCAUGCACUAGGUGAGGAACUGUAAACCUUUUUUAAACUUGAAGGCAUAGUCAAAGACAAUCCUUGGUGAAGUUGUAGUUCGCAAUAGAACCACCACCGCCCCAAAACAUAUUCCUAGCUCACAAAUAUAAAUCAUAUGUAACUUUACAAUAGAAGACACACAUUUGCAAACACACCAGGACCCUGCUCCUUCCAAUUAGACAAAUUUUGAUCUCGGUUUCAAGGAACCCACUGGAUCUAUAAAUGUAUAUACUGCUUGUUUUAAACAGUAAAAUUGACUAAGUAUAUUUGAUCCAAACUAGGGACUUAGUCAGGAUAUCUCUACCUCUGCUGCUUUGAUCUUGGCCCCUUUUUUAAAAAAAAAUUGCAUUUAAUGAAGUAUAACAAUAAAUCACUGCAGUGCCACUUCAAUUGGCAGUGGCAUUCCGAAGUCACAGUUUCAUUGACAUCUGUUAGUGCAAGUAAGAAAAUAUUAAUACACUUGAGUAUCGCAAUGUUUUGUUUUGUGAUGUAUCAAUUCUUAAAAAUACUGUCAAUUUUUGUGUUUAAACACCUAAUCACUAGAUAGCAGUGUUGUAAACGUUGGAUGUUACAGCGGUUGUGAUAAAUACAAAUGCAGAUCCCAUUGUUCUGGCUGCAUAAAAAAGUUAACUUUUUAAAGAUUUUAAGCAUACAGUGGUGUGUUCUUUAUAAUGUUAGUUUUUCUAAAAUAUAUAUAUAUAUUUUUUUUAAAUGGCGAUAUAUCGCCUUGGGUAAAUAUUGAUUCGUAAAAUACUAUAGUGUGACAAUUCGUAUAUAGCACAUACUGUACUUCAAAUGUGUUCAUCGUAUGCAUUUGGGACAGUGCAGGUUUAAAACUUUUGGUGAGCUAGAGGGAGAUUCUGACAUUUGGGGGCGCUAUUGUGCACUAUAACAAAAUCAAGGAUUGUAUCUUUAAACUUCGUUCAUUGUUCUGCUGUGAAGCACUCACUCUCCUUUACUGUUAAAGAACAACAACAUUACAAACAAAAACACGGGUUACUCUAUAUUUGUAUAAUAAAGAAUACAUAUAUGCCUCUAUAUAAACAUAUAUAAAUGUAUCAGUCCGACCUGGAGGGGAUCUUUGUCUUUGAUAUGUCACAUUAAGUGAAACAAAAAAACCUCCUGUCAACAUUUUACAACCAAAUAAUACUAUUUGUGUGUGUGUUGUUUUCUUCACUUAUGUCCAGAUAGAUAGAUACUAAAGCCUGUCUGACAAUACUACUGUGUUCAACAGAAGAAACCAAAUGUCACCUGCACUCAUGUCAGCCAUGUCAUCAUUUGACAUCUCCUAAUUAUUGUAUGUAUUUUUUUGCCAAAGCCCCCUUCCUCUCCAGUCCCCAUCUGUCAUGUGUUGAGCCAUGAUGAUGGAUGAUAGUGUAAUAAAUAAAAUCAUAAACUCGUCUUUAUAUCUCAUGGUGGUCGACCUCGU